AUAUGUUCCCAUGACGACAGUAAAAGAAGGUCUGGAACCAUCAUGAAUCUUCUUAAAGCUGGGAGAAGCAGAGCGUCAGAAGUCCUCCGCAGAGAUGGGAGAACAUUCUCCAUCAGUUACUCCUAGAAUGGCAAAAAAAAACCUUCUGGUCUGAUGAGACAUAAAACGACUUUGUCCAUGUCUAGUUCACUUGAUCCACCAGAGGUCAUGAAGACCCACAUUCUGUCCCCAGCGUCAGCGGUCUUCCUCUGGGUCUGGUGUUCGAGUUUUCCCCCGACUCACGGCACCACAGCGUGUCCAAAUCUCGGCCCGUCUGCCGCAGAAUCUCCUGCUUUGGAUUCCUUGGAAUGUCGGAACGACUACAUGACGCACAUUCGCUGUAGCUGGACAGGAGUUGCCGAUCUUCCUCUUCUCCACCUGGACCCGGAUGAGCGCAGAGCGUCGGCUUGCGUCCCCGGUACUCUGACGGCCCAGAAUGCAUCUGGACUGCAGCGAUCACAGUGUCGAUACAACACUUCGUUGUUCGCCAUUGGCUUUGAUGACGUCUUCUUCUUCUUCACGCCGCACGCUCGGGUCCUUUCAGGAACCACGAAGCUCACACAAUACGGAAACAUCACAGCAGACUGGAACGUUCAGCUCGUCUCUGAAACCUCCUCGCCAGAAGUGGCUCAGUCCGUGACCUUUAACCUGAGAGCUUCACAUAUGAGAAUUCUUGGUGAACUGAGAGAGGAGGACAGGAUGAGUCUGACCAUGAAGCAGAACAAAAGAACAGAAGGACUGAAUGUCACAAGUUUUUCAGGUUCCCUCCCUGGCCCUUUUAACCUGCAGUGUGUGUAUGACACAGAGCAUGAGGUGAAGUGCAAGUGGCAGAUGAAGAGAGAACUGGUACAGUACGUUGUCUACAACCUGUCCUAUCGCACACAUCUUAAUGCAACCUCUGAGUUGUGUUGCACAGAAUUCGAUGCCGAUGAUGAUGAUGAUGCUAUCGUGAAUUUCUCCUGCUCUUUCUCUGUCCCUGAUGCUGAAACACUGCUGCUCUCUCUUCAUUCACACCCAAGGACCAAAGUCUUCCAGUCACACAAAAACAUUGAACCUGCAGCUCCAGUGGACAUGCGUGUUGAGUUGAUCGGAGACGACUGGGUCCUGAACUGGACUCUUCCUAAAUAUCGAACUGUCCCAAUAAGCUCUGAGUUCAGAUAUUGGAGCAGCACCUCACCUGAGUCAGCAGAGACUCUCAGCCUCCCUACAGGUGUGAGUGUGUGUGUCAUGGCUGAAAGUCUACUGCGUUCUUCCACCACUUACCUUGCUCAGGUGCGCUGUAGCGUGAGUCCACGGAGGGUUCGAGAGACACGGUAUGCUGGCUAUCCUUCAGACUGGACCAAACCUGUUUACUGGACCACACGGUCAGCUCCAGUUUCAGCUCCAGUCUGGAUGUAUUUCCUCUUGUCAGUGAGUGUGACUGCGGCCCUCAUACUUAUGUACUUCAUUUCACAUGCAUUUCGCAGGAGGCUUAGCAUGUGGGAGGCAUCUAUUCCCUCCCCUUUUCGGAGUAAACUGGUGGACACUGUUUGCCAGGUUCGUCCUGAAGAGCUGUUCAGUUACACAGAGAAGGAUGAUCUGUGUUUGAGCCAGGUGUGUGUCCUGGAGAACCUACAGCUGAAUCUUGACAAUAUUGAUCGGGGAUGUGAUGACGUCACAACACUUCACACUGCUUAUUGUGAUGGACUAAACCAACGAAUAUGGCACUGGCCUUCAUUUCCAGCAUGUUCUGAACACCUGGGAUUUGAAACCUUAAUGUGCGAUGGCAGGUUUGCUUCUCAAAAUACACUUCAGCCGUGCUCAGAAGGAUACCAACAGAAUCCUGUGUCCAGUCUUGCUUCUUCUUCUUCUUCUUCUUCUUCUUCUUCUUCCUCUUCGGGUGUUUAAUUUGAUGCUAUUGGAAUUAAGACAUCUUUUUAAUGAUUUAUGAUAAUCACCUUUCCAGUCCUCUUUGUAUAACAGGUUGUAUAGUCUUAUAGGUUUUAAAAAAAAGUUUAUCUACACCUAGGGCCCUAUGGGGCAAUAAUCAGAUAACAGGGGCCAAGUUACCCCCCCCCCCCCACACACACACACACACCCCUCCCAACCCAAUAAAUUGAUAUUAUUGAUGCUGUUUUUAUGCACUGCAUUUCUCUCCUCUGUGUAUGCUGUUUGGAUGGCAAAAAGUAAAUAAAUAAAUACAUUUACAUGA